UGACGACCGGGUCCCCGCCCAGGCAUCUUUAAAUACCUACCAGCACGGUGAACCGUUGUACGGUAAACAACGGGAAUGCGUUGAAAUGUCCCAGUGUCGUUCUUACUUAUUCAUUUAAUUGCAUGAAUACUUUCACUUUUGGGACUUUGUUCGACUUCUAACAUGGAGCUGGACCGGCGGCUGUUGCUGGCCCACUGCACGGUUCACGCCCUGUCCGUCGUUGCGGGCUUGCUGGUGGUCGUCCCCAUGGCUCUGAACGGCUCCGCUUUCAAAGGCCGCUGUGCACUAUUUUCCACCGGCUACUGGAGGACAGAGACCCAGGCAGAGAUGACGGGAGACGUGGCCCACUUGGUGGUACGGCAGUGGGGACCGCCGGCAGCCUGCCAGUUCUCCACAUUUGUCGGUAUUUUCACGGUGCUGUACGGUGCAGCACAGGGCUGGAGAUGUCUCUUCUAUCUGCACGGACGACAUGACGACACCCUGUUCUCAUCCUUCCUGACGGUUCUGCUGAGCGUGUGUGUGCUGUUCCUAUCUGGAGGGGCCAGUGUUAUCUUGUCCCUGGGGCUGGUUUCCUGGUGUGACACAGUGACCGAUGACAACACACGGCCUUUCAGCUGUGCAGAGUCCCAGUCUUUUCCACUUUACCUGGAUGUGGACACCUCCUCUUUCUACAUGGAGCUCAAUCUGGCACAGGUGUCUCUGUGGUGUGUGACCGCGCUGUGGCUGACUCAGUCCAUCCUGGCUUUCCUGAGGCUCUACCACUCUCACAGCCAGCACAUAAGCAGACCAUGUCGUCCCCGAGAGAAGGAGAUGCUGCUGGGACACAGUCCCUCUGACAGCCGUUCCCCCUCACCUCCACAGUCUGCAUCAUCAUCCACCCUCCUGGUCUGAUGUGUGUGUGUAUGGAAGUGAAAGAAGACCAUAUUCUUAAAGCUGCACUCUAAAGCUCUCACUACUGCAUGUACAUUAUGGAUAUGUUUUUGUUAAGAUAUCAUUUAUCAUCUUACAUAACAACGCCUGACAGAUACACUCUAGAAGUAGCAAGAAAUGUCAGUGAAUCCCAAAGACGCACUUGCCAAAUUAAAUGGAAAAACAUUUUUUUCCCGUUUUUCUCUAGAAAUAUCAGCAUGUAUAUAUUUUAAUUGGAAUUUUGAAUACUGAAGUCCAUUAUCUGUCAGCUUAUAUAACAUAAUGUAAUGAUGUAUCAGCAGGGCCUAUGUUUCUUACCUUACAUAACACUGCUGUCCAUCACCUCAAACAAAAACAACAGUGUGUACCUCUUCAUGUAUGUAUUACAUUUCAGUCCGACAUCUAAACAAAUAUUUUUCUAAAAUAUGGGGGGAAAAAAACUAUUUUUUAAAUUCCUCUGAGACCCUUUAUCUGCUUUAUGUAAAAAUGAUUUAUUUACUGAACUUUUCAUGAUAUUAUUUUGAGCCAGAAAAAGUAAGCAGUAAUAAUGUCGAUUUAGUACAAGUGACUGGAUGGUAAAAUUAAUUUUUAAUUUCAUUAGUUGAUGAACUGCACACAAAUAGGCUCAUUUCGAUUUUUCUUUUCUUCUGCGUGCCCCCAAUAUGGAAAAACUGGUUUUCCUGAUAAUUUUCUUCCAUUCAGUUGAAAUCUUGUGUAAACAUCAUUAGUCAUAUCCUAGAUUUUUAUAUACUUUAUUGUAAUCGUAUCUCUUAACUAUUACAACAUUAUAGUUAUAAAGUAAUUGAAGGACAUAACUUAGAAAUAGCGGGGACAAGAAGGGACUAAACAAGGAAAUGAAAAAGAGAACACGUCAGAAUAACUGAAGCACAUGUAUUCAGCGACCUAAUAUUCAAAGUGUCAUUCAAAACCAACCAGAAGGUGAAUUAUCAACUGUGUUUUUUAAUAUAUGCAUGGUUGUUUACAUUUCUGUUUAUUCACCUGACCUCAUUGUGGAGAAUACAUUUCUGUUGACCGUUCUGAGUGUAAUAUUCAGAUGUAGCACUGAAGCUUUAAAUGUGAAGCACGUGGUGAGCGUGAGACUGAGCUACCAUACAAAACAGGCUCACUGUGUGAGCAUGACUUUAUACUCUGUUUUCUGUAGCAGAAAGAAUCCCUGCUGACCCUCUCACUUCUUGUGACGACUGUUGUUAUGAUUCUGUUUGUGUGGAGACAACCAUGACAGGGCAGUAAUGAAGCAGGACAAAUUCUCUCCAUUGAUACUUGAUGAUAAAAGUAAAGGAGGUAAACUUUCACAGAUCUGUGAACAUUUGCAUAUGGAGAGAUAUUUCUGCAGAGCCCAAAAGUGUCAGUGAAGAGGAAAGAAGUUGCUUUCGUGGUUAUACUUUUUUUCUUUUAUCAUUGAGCCAAGCGGUUGUAAUGAGACACAAACAGUGGAGCAAAAUAUCUGAAGUAAAGAGAGAUAAGACAGAAAUUCUACUGAAAAAUAAAUGUAAAAUAUGAAAUCUGA